AAAGAAAAAAAAGGCUCUCUGUUUUUUCACAAGCUAAUUAGAUCCAGUUUUGAAGAAAUAUAAUGGCCCUAGCUAGCCACCUCCUUAACAAUGAAGAGGAGAUCGUUCGCCCUGUUGCCAAUUUCUCUCCAAGUCUUUGGGGUGAUCGUUUCCAUUCAUUCUCUCUUGACAAUCAGGUUGCUGAAAACUAUGCUCAAGAGAUCGAGACUUUGAAGGAACAAACAAGGAGUAUGUUGUCAGCUGCUUCUGGAAAAACAUUGGCUGAGAAAUUGAAUCUGAUAGACAUUGUUGAGCGUCUUGGCAUUGCUUAUCAUUUUGAGAAGCAAAUAGACGACAUGUUGGAUCAAAUUUACAAAGCAGAUUCAAACUUUGAGGCUCAUGAAUACAAUGAUUUAAACACUUUAUCCCUUCAAUUUCGAAACCUAAGACAACAUGGUUACAAUAUCUCUCCAAAAAUUUUCAGCAGAUUCCAAGAUGCGAACGGCAAGUUCAAGGAAUCUUUUAGCAACGACAUCAGGGGUUUAUUGAACUUAUACGAAGCUUCACAUGUAAGGACUCAUGGAGAAGAUAUUUUGGAAGAGGCACUUGUUUUCUCCACUGCUCAUCUUGAGUCUGCAGCUCCACAUUUGAAGUCACCUCUGAGUAAACAAGUGACACAUGCCCUUGAGCAAUCUCUCCAUAAGAGCAUUCCAAGAGUCGAGACGCGCUACUUCAUCUCUAUCUACGAAGAGGAGGAAUAUAAGAAUGAUGUGUUGCUUCGAUUUGCCAAAUUGGAUUACAACUUACUCCAGAUGUUGCACAAACACGAACUCAGUGAAGUAUCAAGGUGGUGGAAAGAUUUGGAUUUUGUGACAACCCUUCCAUAUGCUAGGGAUAGAGCAGUGGAAUGUUACUUUUGGACCAUGGGUGUGUAUGCUGAACCUCAAUAUUCUCAGGCUCGCGUCAUGCUUGCUAAGACUAUAGCAAUGAUUUCGAUAAUAGAUGAUACGUUUGAUGCUUAUGGAAUUGUAAAAGAACUCGAGGUUUACACCGAUGCCAUACAAAGGUGGGAUGUGAGUCAAAUUGAUCGACUCCCAGAAUACAUGAAAAUCAGUUUUAAGGCUCUUUUGGAUCUCUAUGAUGAUUAUGAAAAGGAGUUGUCAAAGGAUGGCAGAUCCGAUGUUGUCCACUACGCAAAAGAAAGAAUGAAGGAGAUUGUGAGAAACUAUUUUGUCGAAGCAAAGUGGUUCAUUGAGGGAUAUAUGCCGCCUGUUUCUGAGUAUCUUAGCAACGCAUUAGCUACCAGCACAUAUUACUUGCUAACUACGACAUCCUAUUUGGGAGUGAAGUCAGCUACAAAAGAAGAUUUCGAAUGGUUGGCUACGAACCCUAAAAUUCUUGAAGCCAAUGUGACGUUAUGCCGAGUUGUUGAUGACAUAGCAACGUAUGAGGUUGAGAAGGGUAGAGGCCAAAUUGCAACAGGAAUUGAGUGUUAUAUGAGGGAUUAUGAUGUAUCAACUGAAGUAGCAAUGGAGAAAUUCCAAGAGAUGGCUGAGAUAGCAUGGAAGGAUGUAAAUGAAGGAAUUCUUCGACCAACACCUGUUUCAACAGAAAUUCUUACUCGCAUUCUCAAUCUUGCUCGUAUUAUAGAUGUCACUUACAAGCAUAAUCAAGAUGGAUACACUCAUCCCGAAAAAGUACUAAAACCUCACAUCAUCGCGCUACUGGUGGACUCCAUUGAGAUCUAAACCAUUGAGUCAUUCUUUUUUGUUCCAUCUAUAUAAGCCACUUAAAUUUUACAAUUUUGCA